AUGGGAGAUUGAAAUUGUAAAUAUGGAAAUCCGUUCUACAUUGAUUUCUGAAAUCUCAGACUGGGGAAUGCUUGAAAAAGAAACGGAUUCAUCCAAAAACGUUUAAAUAUCCAUCAGCUUUGCACUGUUUGAGUAUUAGCAAUCAAACUUAUGAGGAGAGCCAAAGAUUUUAUUAAAACAAUUUAUACCCAGCUGAAAAAUAAAGGUUCUUCAUGAAGUCUUAAAUUUAAAUUUGAUGGCAAAUCAAGCACACCGCAUCGCCUACCAAAAAUUCAAAGUUCAACACUUCCAGCACAUCAAUCAAUCAUAAAGACUAAAUCUGGUGGCAAUUGUUAA